AUGAUGCAAGAACAGGAACAGGAGAAGCUGCUGGAGGAGGCGUCGGCGGUUGUAAGAGAACAGGGCUGUUAUAUGAAGCGAGCAAUUGACAAUGACAACCUCCGUGAUGCAUUAAAGCACGCAUCCAAUUUCGUUAGCGAACUGAGGACAUCUCUCUUGUCGCCUAAACAUUACUACGAGCUCUACAUGUUGGCAUUUCAAGAGCUGCAGCAUCUGCUGGCCUUCUUUAGCGACAAGGCUCGUCAUGGCCGUAGACUCUCCGACUUGUAUGAAACAGUGCAACAUGCAGGGAAUAUAAUUCCUCGUUUAUAUUUAUUAAUUACUGUUGGCGUUGCUUUUAUAAAAUCAACAGAAGCACCAGCGGCAGACAUCCUCAGAGACCUCACAGAACUCUCCAAGGGAGUUCAACACCCAAUGAGAGGUCUCUUCCUUCGCUUCUAUCUUAUUCAACUCUGUAGAGAUGUCCUCCCUGAUAAGGGAUCCGACUAUGAGGUGGAAGGUGUCUCGGGUCCUGAGGAUGCCUUCUUGUUUUUAUUAACAAAUUUUAAUGAAAGUUCGCGGCUGUGGGUGCGGCUGCAGCAGCAAAGCAGCUUGAGAGACAAGCUGAAGAGGGAAAAGGAAAGAAAAGACUUACGAGUCCUUGUGAGCUCUGCCCUUGUGCGCAUGGCCCAACUCGAGGGAAUGACGCCAGAAUUUUACAGAACGCAGGCGCUACCGGCCAUUCUGCAACAGAUAAUGGGCUGUAAAGACACUUUGGCGCAGCAAUAUCUGCUCGACUGCGUCGUGCAAGUAUUCUCUGAUGAAUGCCAUUUGCAUGCCUUAGAUGUUUUCUUAGAGCAAACAACACAAGUUCAAAAGGGGGUCGCACUAAAGCCGAGCCUGCCCGAAGGUAUAUCGCUCUUUGAUUUGUUCUCCGACUUCAUUAAUAGACAAAUAAUAGAGGCAAUUAAUGCACAUUCAGCUGGGGCAAACAUGUCUUCCGAUACUUCGACCGGGGGUAACAAGCUAACUCUCAGUUGA